AUGCAGAAUUCGUCUGUUGAUGAUACGGACCUGCAGACGCCAUCCAUUGAUGAGGCAGACCUGCAGAAGUCGUCCAUUGAUGAGGCAGACCUGCAGAAGUCGUCCAUUGAAGAUGGAGACCUACAGAAUUCAUCCAUUGAUGAGGCAGACCUUCAGAAGUCGUCCAUUGAUGACGCAGCAGACCUGCAGAAGUCGUCCAUAGAUGACGCAGCAGACCUGCAGAAGUCGUCCAUUGAUGAGGCAGACCUGCAGAAGUCGUCCAUUGAAGAUGGAGACCUACAGAAUUCACCCAUUGAUGAGGCAGACCUUCAGAAGUCGGCCAUUGAUGACGCAGCAGACCUGCAAAAGUCGUUCAUUGAUGAGGCAGACCUGCAAAAGUCGUCCAUUGAAGAUGGAGACCUACAUAAUUCAUCCAUUGAUGAGGCAGACCUUCAGAAGUCGGCCAUUGAUGACGCAGCAGACCUGCAAAAGUCGUCCAUUGAAGAUGGAGACCUACAUAAUUCAUCCAUUGAUGAGGCAGACCUUCAGAAGUCGGCCAUUGAUGAGGAAGACCUACAUACAUCGUACAUUGAAGAUGCAAACUUGCAGAAGUCGUCCAUUGAUGAGGCAGACCUGCAGAAGUCAUCCAUUGAUGAGGUAGACUUCCAGAAGUUUGUUGAUGAUGCAGCAGACAAGCAGAAGUCGUCCAUUGAUGAGGCAGACUUACAGACGUCCAUUGAAGAUGCAGACCUGCAGGAUCCGUCCAUUGAUGAGACCGACCGACAGAAAUCCAUUAAUGAGGCAGACCUGCAGACGUCCUUUCAAGAUGAAUCAAACCUACAGAAGUCGUCCAUUGAUGAGGCUGACCUACAGAAAUCAUCCAUUGAUGAUACAGACCUGCAGACGUCCAUUCAAGAUGAAUCAAACCUACAGAAGUCGUCCAUUGAUGAGGCAGACCUGCAGACGUCAUCCAUGGAUGAGACAGACCUACAUAAGUCGUCCAUUGAAGACACAGUAGACCUACAGAAGUCGUCCAUUGAUGAGGUAGAUCUGCAGACGUCAUCCAUGGAGGAGACAGACCUACAUAAGUCGUCCAUUGAAGACACAGUAGACCUACAGAAGUCGUCCAUUGAUGAGGUAGAUCUGCAGAAGUCAUCCAUUGAAGACGCAGUAGACCUACAGCAGAAGUCCAUUGAAGACACAGUAGACCUACAGAAGUCAAUCAUUAAAGACACAGUAGACCUACAGCAGAAGUCCAUUGAUGAGGUAGAUCUGCAGACGUCAUCCAUGGAGGAGACAGACCUACAUAAGUCGUCCAUUGAAGACACAGUAGACCUACAGAAGUCGUCCAUUGAAGACACAUUAUACCUACAGCAGUCGUCCAUUGAUGAGGUAGAUCUGCAGAAGUCAUCCAUUGAAGACGCAGUAGACCUACAGCAGAAGUCCAUUGAUGAGACAGACCUUCAGAAGUCGUGCAUUGAAGAUGCAGCAGACCUGCAGAAUUCGUCCAUUGAUGAGACGUCCCUUAGGAACAUCACCCUCGCGUCGAAGUCGCCCCUCCGCGAGGUGGACCUUUCGGGCCAGCGGCCGCCCCCCCGUCCCGAGGUCGACCCGGCCUCUAAGUCACCCUCCUCCGGCACCGCCAAGACCGAUGCCAAGGCCGAUGCCAAGGCCGAUGCCAAGGCCGCGCUGCUGCUAUGUUCGUCGUCGUUGUCACCCCUCGUCGGCCGCCACCUCUUAGAGGUGGGAUCCGUGAGGAGCGUGCUGCUGCUUAGCAGCAGCUCGCCUGCCCGCGCCUCCAAGGAGAACGUUCCCCUUGCGCGGGACGGGGUGGACAAGAGCCCGGGGGAGUCGUCCCCCUUUCCCCUCGUCAAGGACGGCAGGAAGAAGACCACGGCGGGGGUGGAGACUGACGGCCCUGCUACGUCCGACUGCGGUGAGUUCACUUUCUGUGGGUUCAUGAUGGCCGUGUUUGUGGCGGGUGCUGGAUUCACUCUAUGCAAGGCCUGCCUGGACAUCUCCUACGGGGCGUCGCCGUUCCUCUGUGGGCCCUCCAUCCUCAUGAGGAGGUCGGAGCAGCUUGGGGGGGGCCGCAUGGCCGAGUUGACGGAGGAGGAGGUGGAAGUGGUGACAGAGGAGGUGGUGACGAAGGAGGCAGAGGAGCAGCAGCUGAAGGAAGUGGCGGGAAGAGACGCGGGGGCACGGAGAGUCUCCACUCGGAAGCGGACGUCAGAGGUGGAGGUGGUAGAGGAGGAGGAGGUGACGAAGGAAGCAGAGGAGCAGCAGCAGAAGGAAGGGGUGGGAAGAGACGCGGGGACACGGAGAGUCUCCAUCCGGAAGCGGAAGUCGGAGGUGGUGGAGGAGGACGAGGAGGAGGAGGAGGUGGAGGAGGAGGAGGAGGAGGAGUGGAAGGAGGAUGAUGAUGUGGAGGAGGAGGAGGUGGAGGAGGAGGAAGAGGGCAAGAAGGGGGCUGUCGCCCCUUCUUCUGCUGGUGCCUCUCCCUUGUCAUUCCUUCUGCCCCCCCGCAAGCUCAAGAAGGGCAGGAAGGGCAGGAAGGGCAGGGUGGUGUCGUUUGGUAUCCAGCUGAGCCCCGAGCUCUUUGACAAGACACUGCCACCCUCCACGCCGCUCAGAAGGGGAGCGUCGCCCGCCAGGACCCCCAGGGCCCGUGUGUCCACGCCGGCCUGCGGUGUCAUCCAAGAGGAGGGGGAUGAUGAGUUGUGUUCACACAAGAGGUCUGUGUCUACCUCCAAAAAGCUGUUCCCUUUCAAAGUGACCUCGCGCAAGAAGUCUUCUCCGAGAGCCUCGCCCAAGAUGGCUUCUCCUGGAGCCUCGCCCAAGAUGGCUUCUCUGAGAGCCUCGCCCAAGAUGGAUUCUCUUGGAGCCUCACCCAAGAUGGUUUCUCCUGGAGCCUCGCCCAAGAUGGUUUCUCCUGGAGCCUCGCCCAAGAUGGCUUCUCCUCGAGCCUCGCCCAAGAUGGCUUCUCCGAGAGCCUCGCCCAAGAUGGCUUCUAGAUCCUCGCCCAAGAUGGCUUCUCCUCGAGCCUCGCCCAAGAUGGCUUCUCCGAGAGCCUCGCCCAAGAUGGCUUCUAGAUCCUCGUCCAAGAUGGCUUCUCCUCGAGCCUCGCCCAAGAUGGCUUCUCCGAGAGCCUCGCCCAAGAUGGCUUCUAGAUCCUCGCCCAAGAUGGCUUCUCUGAGAGCCUCGCCCAAGAUGGCUUCUCCGAGAGCCUCACCCAAGAUGGCUUCUCCGAGAGCCUCGUCCAAGAUGGCUUCUCCGAGAGCCUCGCCCAAGAUGGCUUCUCUGAGAGCCUUGCCCAAGAUGGCUUCUCCUAGUGCCUCGCCCAAGAUGGCUUCUCCGAGAGCCUCGCCCAAGAUGGCUUCUCCGAGAGCCUCGCCCAAGAUGGCUUCUCCGAGAGCCUCGCCCAAGAUGGCUUCUCUGAGAGCCUCGCCCAAGAUGGCUUCUCCGAGAGCCUCGCCCAAGAUGGCUUCUCCGAGAGCCUCGCCCAAGAUGGCUUCUCCGAGAGCCUCGCCCAAGAUGGCUUCUCCGAGAGCCUCGCCCAAGAUGGCUUCUCCUCGAGCCUCGCCCAAGAUGGCUUCUCCGAGAGCCUCGCCCAAGAUGGCUUCUCCGAGAGCCUCGCCCAAGAUGGCUUCUCUGAGAGCCUCGCCCAAGAUGGCUUCUCCGAGAGCCUCGCCCAAGAUGGCUUCUCUGAGAGCCUCGCCCAAGAUGGCUUCUCCGAGAGCCUCGCCCAAGAUGGCUUCUCCGAGAGCCUCGCCCAAGAUGGCUUCUCCGAGAGCCUCGCCCAAGAUGGCUUCUCUGAGAGCCUCGCCCAAGAUGGCUUCUCCUAGAGCCUCGCCCAAGAUGGAUUCUCUUGGAGCCUUGCCCAAGAUGGCUUCUCCUGGAGCCUUGCACAAAAUGGCUUCUCCUGAAGCCUCACCCAAGAUGGCUUCUCCGAGAGCCUUGCCCAAGAUGGCUUCUCCUAGUGCCUCGAUCAAGUUGGUUUCUCCUGAAGCCUCACCCAAGAUGGCUUCUCCGAGAGCCUCGCCCAAGAUGGCUUCUCCUAGUGCCUCGCCCAAGAUGGCUUCUCCUGAAGCCUCACCCAAGAUGGAUUCUCCUAGAACCUCGAUCAAGAUGGUUUCUCCUGGAGCCUCGCCCAAGAUGGCUUCUCCUAGAACCUCGAUCAAGAUGGAUUCUCCUGGAGCCUCGCCCAAGAUGGAUUCUCUCACUCGAACCCCCUCGUCUGUGGCGGUGAUGGCUUCUCCUGAGCUCUCUUCGCCAACGGCGGCUUCUCUAAUUCCUGAGAGGGCCUCACCAAAGCUGUCCUCAACCAAGAUGGAAACCUCAACCCGCACCCCCGUUCGCGUGUCUGGCCGUUUCUCCGUGUCCGUGGUGGAGACCCCGUCGCCCGUCCCGACUCUGCGGCAAAACCGUGACAACGACCGUGGCGAUGGUGAUGACGACAAUGGUGAUGACGCCCAGGAGACGGCAGUUGGUGUCGGUGGUGAUGGUGGUGGCGGUGAUGGUGGCGGUGAUGGUGGUGGGUCUACGGUGGAGCGGCGAGGAAGGGGCAGGAGGAGGAGGAGUGCCCCAGCGGUCCGGACAGCGAAGGAAGUUUCAGCGCUGGUGGCUGUAGGGAGGACACGCAGGAGUGUGGGAGGCACGUUGAGCAGCUCUUUGGCCGCCCGCGGCGAGACAUCGGCCCAUGUGGCAAAGACCCCCGAGAGCCGUUCUCCGUGGUCCGGGAAUGAAGGGGAAGUGGACCCCUACGACUUACUGUGCACCCCCGAAGGGAGCGGUGAGAUGACCGUAUCUCCCCUGAGUUCCGAUGGCAACCUCCGCCGGGCCCUCCGUCCCGUCUCUCCUCCCGCGUCGUCGGACCGACCGGGCGUCCGUCGUUUCGCUCCACGGCCUGAUGCGGUCGCGACGGAGUGGUGGGUGGCAGUAGGAGCCUCGGUGGACCCCUCUUCGCUUCCGCGGAUUUCCUUGGAAGCGAAUACAGAGACGGAUUUCGCGGUCGGCGCUGGGGCCGUGACGGAGAUGUUUUCGCUCGGGGAGGAUGGCAGCCAAGUAGGAAUUAUGGAAGUUCCCUCUCAGAAAAGAUCUCGCAGGGGGAAAUCUGCGGAAGCCCCUAGCCAAGAUAUUAGCGAGGUAAAAAUGGUGGAAGUUCCCUCUGAAGAGAGAUCUGGCGGAGUAAAAUCUGCGGAAGCCUCUGCCCAAGAUGUUAACGAAGCAGAAAUCGUGAACGUUCCCUCUGAGAAGAGAUCUCGCAGGGGGAAAUCUGCGGAAGCCCCUGCUCAAGAUAUUAGCGAGGUAAAAAUGGUGGAAGUUCCAUCAGAAGAGAAAUCUGGCGGAGUGAAAUCUGCGGAAGCCCCUGCCCAAGAUGUUAACGAAGCAGAAAUCAUGAACGUUCCCUCUGAGAAGAGAUCUCGCAGGGGGAAAUCUGCGGAAGCCCCUAGCCAAGAUAUUAGCGAGGUAAAAAUGGUGGAAGUUCCCUCUGAAGAGAGAUCUGGCGGAGUAAAAUCUGCGGAAGCCUCUGCCCAAGAUGUUAACGGAGCAGAAAUUGUGAACGUUCCCUCUGAGAAGAGAACUCGCAGGGGGAAAUCUGCGGAAGCCCUUGCUGAAGAUGUGAAUGAGGUAAAAAGCGUGGAAGUUCCCUCUAAGAAGAGAUCUCGCAGGGGGAAAUCUGCAGAAGCCCCUAGCCAAGAUAUUAGCGAGGUAAAAAUGGUGGAAGUUCCCUCUGAAGAGAGAUCUGGCGGAGGGAAAUCUGCGGAAGCCCCUGCCCAAGAUGUUAACGAAGCAGAAAUCGUGAACGUUCCCUCUGAGAAGAGAACUCGCAGGGGGAAAUCUGCGGAAGCCCUUGCUGAAGAUGUGAAUGAGGUAAAAAGCGUGGAAGUUCCCUCUAAGAAGAGAUCUCGCAGGGGGAAAUCUGCGGAAGCCCCUGCUCAAGAUAUUAGCGAGGUAAAAAUGGUGGAAGUUCCCUCUGAAGAGAGAUCUGGCGGAGUGAAAUCUGCGGAAGCCCCUGCCCAACAUGUUAACGAAGCAGAAAUCGUGAACGUUCCCUCUGAGAAGAGAACUCGCAGGGGGAAAUCUGCGGAAGCUCCUGCUCAAGAUAUUAGCGAGAUAAAAAUGGUGGAAGUUCCCUCUGAAGAGAGAUCUGGCGGAGGGAAAUCUGCGGAAGCCCCAGCCCAAGAUGUUAACGAAGCAGAAAUCGUGAACGUUCCCUCUGAGAAGAGAUCUCGCAGGGGGAAAUCUGCGGACGCCCUUGCUGAAGAUGUGAAUGAGGUAAAAAGCGUGGAGGUUCCCUCUCAGAAUAAAUCUCGCAGGGGGAAAUCUGCGCAAGCCCCUGCCCAAGAUAUUAGCGAAGUAGAAGUUGUGGAGGUUCCCUCUCAGAAUAAAUCUCGCAGGGUGAAAUUUACGGAAGCCCCUACUCAAGAUAUUAGCAAAGUAGAAGUUGUGGAAGUUCCCUCUGAGGAGAGAUCUGGCGGAGGGAAAUCUGCAGAAGCCCCUGCCCAAGAUAUUAACGAGGUAAACGUUGUGGAAAUUCCCUCUAAGAAGAGAUCUCGCAGGGGGAAAUCUGCGGAAGCCCCUGCCCAAGAUGUUAGCGAGGCAGAAGAUGUGGAAGUUCCCUCUGAGAAGAGUUCUCGCAGAGGAAAAUCUGCGGAAGCCCCUGCUCAAGAUGUGAACGACGUAAAAAUCGUUGAAGUUACAUCUCAGAAGAGAUCUCGCAGGGGGAAAUCUGCGGAUGCCCCGGCUCAAGAUAUUAUCAAAGUAGAAGUUGUUGAAGUUCCCCUUGAGACGAGGUCUAUGAGGGGGAAAUCUGCGGAAACUCCUGCUCAAGAUAUUAGCGAGGUAGAAGUUGUGGAAGUUCCCUCUCAGAAGAGAUCUAGGAGGGGGAAAUCUGCGGAAACGCCUGCUCAAGAUAUUAGUGAGGUAAACCUCGUGGAAGUUCCCUCUGAGGAGAGUUCUGGUGGAGGAAAAUCUGCGGAAGCCCCUACUCAAGAUAUUAGCAAAGUAGAAAUUGUGAAAGUUCCUUCUGAGACGAGGUCUAUGAGGGGGAGAUCUGAGGAAACUCCUGCUCAAGAUAUUAGCGAGGUAAAAGUUGUGGAAGUUCCCUCUCAGAAGAGAUCUAGGAGGGGGAAAUCUGCGGAAGCCCCUGCCCAAGAUGUUAGCGAGGCAGAAAUUGUGGAAGUUCCCUCUGAAAAGAGGUCUCGCAGGGGGACAUCUGCGGACGCCCCGGCUCAAGAUGUGAACGACGUAAAAAUCGUUGAAGUUACAUCUCAGAAGAGAUCUCGCAGGGGGAAAUCUGAGGAAGCCCCUGCUCAAGAUAUUAGCAAAGUAGAAAUUGUUAAAGUUCCUUCUGAGACGAGGUCUAAGAGGGGGAAAUCUGCGGAAGCCACUGCUCAAGAUAUUAGCAAAGUAGAAAUUGUGAAAGUUCCUUCUGAGACGAGGUCUAAGAGGGGGAAAUCUGCGGAAGCCCCUCCUCAAGAUAUUAGCAAAGUAGAAGUUGUUGAAGUUCCUUCUGAGACGAGGUCUAAGAGGGGGAGAUCUGCGGAAGCCCCUGCUCAAGAUAUUAGCGAGGUAAACCUCGUGGAAGUUCCCUCUGAGGAGAGUUCUGGUGGAGGAAAAUCUGCGGAAGCCCCUGCCCAAGAUGUUAGCGAGGCAGAAAUUGUGGAAGUUCCCUCUGAAAAGAGGUCUCGCAGAGGAAAAUCUGCGGAAGCCCCUGCUCAAGAUAUUAGCAAAGUAGAAAUUGUAAAAGUUCCUUCUGAGACGAGGUCUAGGAGGGGUAGAUCUGAGGAAGCCACUGCUCAAGAUAUUAGCAAAGUAGAAAUUGUAAAAGUUCCUUCUGAGACGAGAUCUAAGAGGGGGAAAUCUGCGGAAGCCACUGCUCAAGAUAUUAGCAAAGUAGAAAUUGUAAAAGUUCCUUCUGAGACGAGGUCUCGCAGGGGGAGAUCUGCGGAAGCCAUCUCAGAAGUUCCACCUCUGCCGCUGGCUGCUAAGAGAGCAACGCGGGGCCGCUCGAAGACACCCGAGGAAAUUCCCUCGACCAGAAUGUCUAGGAGGGAGAAAUCCACGGAAGCCGCGGCUCAACAUGCGAGCGAGAGAGAAUUCGUGCAAGUUCCCUCGGAGCCGGCCGUGAAGGUGAAGACCAUGAGGGCGGGACGGCUGAGGGCGAAGCAGGCUGAAACCCCCCGGGACUGCUCUCUGGAGACAAGUGGAGGAGUGGUGAAUGUCCAGAAGUCUCCACCCCGUGUUUCCCGUCGCCCGGGCCUGAGCCCAAUCGCAGAGAUCCGCACUCCCUUUGUGGGCGAGAAGAAGAGCGCCGAGGUGCCGGCGUUGAGCCUCCGCAUGAAGACAUUGAGGGAGACAUCACCACCACCAGCAGCAUCACCACCACCACCAGCAUCACCAUCAGCAGCAGCAUCACCAUCAGCAGCAGCAGCUGCUGCUCAGCCGCGCCCCAGACAGCCGGGCCGCACCAAGCGACCCGCUGGGCAAGGUAGCGCUGGCGGCAAAGCCAAGAUGGCCAGGAACACGCGGGGAGGAGCAGAGGAGGUGGAAGAGGAGGGGGAGGGCGGUAACAGAGCCAAGAGGAGAAGGUGGAGCCAGGUCAUUUUGGAAGCAUCGACAAGUCCGACUCCUGCUGCUGCUGCUGCUCAAGGGGCAGCAGCGGGGGCAGCGAGGGGCAGGCCGAAGGUGAAGAGGCAGGCGGUGGUUGAGGAGGAGCGAGGAGAAGAGAUGUCGCCACCUAAGAGGAGGACGACACGCACCGGUUCAGCCUCUACCAUCACCCAGCCCGGCGCCGGUGUCGAACCCAGGCUAGGAGCUCUGAGGCUGAGAACAGCGCGGGCUCGGCGAUAGCACGGCCGGGCGGUGCGCCCACCCACGGCACCUACGGAGCCUUGGUCAUCGGUUCGAGUGUGAGUGGGUGGGUGGGUGGAGAGAUGUUAUCUCCCUCGCCCGACGCUGACAAUGCCUGCCACUGUAUAUUUGGAAUUGCGUGUCUCUCUCUCAUCAUCAUCGCGGUAGCUAGGUAGAUGUUCACUACCUCGCCUAGUAUACAGGAGGUCGUGGGUUCAAUCCCGAACUCUGACGACGCCUGCCACUGUAUUUGGAGUCUGCGGUCUCUUUCCCCAUUGCCGCAGAGAUAUUUUCUCCGAGUUUUUCCCUCCGUAUAAAAUAUUGACGUCACACGUUCUGAGUGUAAUUGGCUGCCGCGUAUACAUUUCCAAGUGACGAUAAGCCACUUUGUUGUUGAGCUAUCAUUUGUGGUAGCCAGGUCGCUCGCUGUAAAAUAGCUACGUAGCUUAGUGGAGCCUUACCUGGUAAAAUAAAAAUAGUUAUGCUGAGCGGUGGCGCAGUGGUUAGCGCCACGCUGCGCUCCGAAUCCGGCAGAGACCAGGGUUUGAUUCCCGCUCACGGCCACCAAACACCAGUAAGCGACGAUUAUCUCAACUGGUCCUGGGCCUCCCCUAGGUCGACUCCGCCUCAACUCAGUGUCGCGUGCAGUGGCGUGUCGUAAACAUCGUCGCUGGGGGAGACAAAGCCGGCCGAACGGGCGUGGUGUUGGCCACACCUCCUCCUCGUGUGCCACAGUGAUGGCCUUCAUAGGUGCUACUGCUGCACGCUACUCAACAGCACUUGCCCCAAACAGUCUGUCACAGGCUGUACGGGGGAUCUUUGUUUGUGUGUUGUUAGAAAAGCAGAUCCCUGGCUGUAAUAUUCAAACACCCUCUGUGUGUGCCUGGGAUUUCUUCCUCGUGUCUCCGACACAACCAUUAUGAACCCCCUGUGAGAGAGAGAGGGAGACGCCCAGGGCUUGAACCCAGGCUCGCCUUGCGGUGCUAAGUUAAGGACUCGGCACGGCCAAUUAUUGCCUCGUCCUAAAUCUUUAUUGUAUUCAAAUCUUUAUUUUUGUAAUUUGUCUUUUUACCUUAUAUUUACAAAGUGUUUGGCGUCUUAAUUUGUUUGUGCUUCCCUAGCAACGUUGUUUUAAAAAGCUCUUGUUAAAACUAAAUAGUUAUGCACGUGUGUUAGCUUUUAAUUAAUCUCUGGUUGUAUUACAGAGGAGAAGGACCUGUGUGUGUGUGUCUCUGUGUGUGUGUGGGGAGCGGUAGUGUAGGAGCCCUACGCUGCGACGCUACGAACACAAUAAUCCGGGUUCGAUUCCCGCUCACGGCCAGCACCAGCGACGAAUGUCUGAGUCGGUCCUGGGCCUCACCUAGGUCGACUCGGCCUCAAAUGAAUACCUUGUGCAGUGUGUGUAUACCCUCACUAGGGAGACAAAGGCGGCCGAGCGUGGUGCUGGCCACCCACCCCCUCGUGUGCCAGUGGUAGCGUUCAUAGGUGCUACUACUCGCUAACAGCACCUGCCCCAACAGUCUGUUAAGGCGACACGGGGGGGGAUCUUUGUUUAUUGUGUGGAUGGAGCGGUGGCGCGGUGGUUACCGCUACGCUACGAACUCGGGUCGCCGGGUUCGUAGCGUUCACGGCCUCUUAAACACCAGGAGUGGCAGCGAUUAUCUGAACCGAUCCUGGGCCUCCCCUCAUCCUCCGCCAUAUCCCCCACAUAUCUCUCCAUCCCCUCACUUCCCCCCCCCACAUCUCCCCUUUCUAUGACCUUUGCUGAACCCCCCCACACACUCCCCCCAUCUCCUCCCCCCACUUCCCCCCCCACAUCCCCCCCUCUCUAUGACCUGUGCUGAACCCCCCAUCCUCGUCAAUGGGACCAGUCUGAGUAAGCAUGGUGGCUAGGGGCCGCUAUAGGUUUGGGAUGAACGGGGAUUCUUUUUUGGCUCGGCCUCCCUCUGUACCACCGCCGAUCUACAUCGCCCCGUUUCCCCUCGGUGCAAAAAUGGAUGGAAGGUUUAGUUUUUUAUUUUGUUGUCUUUAUGAUGAUGAUGAUGAUCAUGAUGAUGCUGUUGUUGUUUCCCCACCCCCUCCAGCGUGUAAGUAUCCGUAUAGAGCUGGUGGUUUUAUAUUUGGUUUAAAUAAAUAAGGUCCUGGUCCCCUUUUAAGUGUUGCACACUCUCAUCUUUUCUUCAAAGGAAUUUAUAUUGCCCCCUUACUCAAGGCGCUUUACGCACUAUUAACAAUUAGUAAGUAUGGAUGUGAUAAUGGUGGUUAGAUGAGGUGAAUGAAAUAGAUGUGAGGAAGCAAUGGGUGGGUAAUCUGUGGUGGUGGUGGUGGUGGUGAUGUGUGAAUUCGGUGGAAGCGAAAUUGAUGGCGGUAAAUGAUUAAUGGAUUGAAUGAAUGGGGUUAAUGAGUGAUGGACAUAAUCAAUUA